GGUGGAAACGUCUAGAACCGGCGGCUAUAACGCGGAGCAUCUGAGGAGGAAGCAGUAGUCAUCACCCUGCGCUCAUCACCCCACAGGGAAGUAGAAACCGUUUAGUUCAGACUUUUUUCCAUCAUCUUUUACUACGCAAAGUAUCAGGAAAGCCUUUUUUAGGGCACCGUUUCAAGAACCAGACCAUAGAUUUGCAUCAUCGUGAAAGGUUGUUAAUCAUGCCUGAGAAAAUUCGCAUCAGCAGCCCGAGUGUGCGGUACACUGAGCAGUAUAUUGAGUCUCAGUACUCCUACCACACCACCUCCGUGUCCACAGAUGGAGGCACAUACACGGUGACUCCUCGCACUACUGAAUACAUAUUUCGCACAGAGAGAGCUGUGCCCAAGCUGGGAGUGAUGCUGGUGGGUUGGGGUGGCAACAAUGGCAGCACCGUCACAGCUUCUGUUCUGGCCAAUAAGCUUGGCCUGACAUGGAGAACUAAGAGUGGCAUCAAGAGUGCCAAUUACUGUGGCUCCUUGCUGGAGGCAUCUACUGUGUCCUUGGGGUCAGGACCAAAGGAAGAGGUCUUUGUACCUUUUAGAGAUCUGCUGCCAAUGGUGCACCCUAAUGACAUCAUAUUUGAUGGUUGGGAUAUCUCUUCAAUGGAUCUUGGACGUGCCAUGGAACGUGCUCAGGUUCUGGACUGGAGCCUUCAGGAGAUGCUUCGUCCACACAUGAGCAAGCUCAAACCAAGACCCUCCAUUUACAUCCCAGAGUUCAUUGCUGCUAACCAGGAGCAUAGAGCUGAUCAUGUGCUCACAGGCACCAAGGCAGAGCAGGUGGAACAGAUCCGCAGAGAUAUCUGUGACUUCAAGGAGAAGAGUGGUGUGGACAAAGUGAUUGUGCUGUGGACUGCAAACACAGAGAGAUUCUGUGACAUUGUGCCUGGUGUCAAUGACACUGCAGAGAACCUUCUCAACACCAUCCAGACUGGAGGAGAGGUAUCUCCAUCCACACUCUUUGCAGUGGCUAGUAUUCAGGAAGGCUGUGCCUACAUCAAUGGCUCCCCUCAGAACACCUUUGUGCCGGGGGCAGUGGAACUGGCUAUUCAGCAUGGGGUUUUCAUAGGCGGAGAUGACUUUAAAUCAGGCCAGACGAAACUGAAGUCCGUUCUGGUGGAUUUUCUAGUCAGUUCAGGCAUCAAGCCGACCUCCAUUGUGAGCUACAAUCAUCUGGGGAAUAACGAUGGCAUGAAUCUCUCUGCACCCCAGCAGUUCCGCUCUAAGGAGAUUUCCAAGAGCAAUGUGGUGGACGACAUGGUGCAAUCUAACCCUGUGCUCUACAAGCCUGGGGAGAAACCUGACCACUGUGUGGUGAUUAAGUAUGUUCCCUGUGUGGGAGACAGUAAAAGGGCGAUGGAUGAGUAUACUUCAGAGAUAAUGAUGGGUGGCACCAACACCAUUGCCCUGCACAACACCUGUGAGGACUCCCUGUUGGCCAGCCCGAUCAUCCUGGACCUGGUCAUCCUGACUGAGCUGUGUCAGAGAAUCAUGUUUUGCACACAAGAGGACACAGCCUUCCAGUCCUUCCACAGUGUCCUAUCCAUCCUCAGCUUCCUCUGCAAGGCCCCACUUGUACCAACAGGGGCACCAGUGGUCAACGCCUUCUUCCGCCAGCGAGCCUGCAUUGAAAAUAUCAUGAGGGCGUGCCUUGGACUCCCACCUCAGAACCAUAUGCAGCUAGAGCACAAAAUGAAGAACAGCUUCAUGCAUCACCUUGACAACCCAAUCUACAAUGACAUACUCACAAAGGAUGCCAGACUUACCAAUGGUUACCACCGUGUUCCAAGUAACGGAGUCCAUGUGAAUGAAAAUAAUCCAAAGAUAAAAACUAUUGCCUGAUCUUUGUGUUUUAUAAAUCAUGACUUUUAGUGGUCAUACUUUAAAUUAUUUUUGGUGACUUAAGGUAUUGUUUGAGCCAUUAGUUUAAGAUGGCAUGCACUAACUUGGCUAAAGAACCAAUGCUCAGUUAAAAAAAUAUAUGUUCACUGUAUUAUAAUGUUCACUAUAUGGUUUCAUUGUUAGUGUUUUGUUUAAGAGUUUGCUGCAAGUUGGAAUGUAAUUUUUUAAAAGGUGUUUUGGGUUUAGGUUUUAAAUAAGUAAAAAUUAAAUAAAUGAAAUGGGCAAUUCUCAAAUUGUCAUAAAAGAAAUCAACCAUAAUGCUAUUUUUAUUCCUGUACUGGUACAUUUUUGUCUGAGUGUCUAACCCUAACUUUGUACCCCAUUUGACUUUUGUUCUUUUAAUGGACUUUACUGUAUGAAGAUUGACAAAAACCCAGUUCUUCUAUACACACUUAAAAAUGAUGGUUCAUUCUUUAGAAAAGGAAUUGUUUCUAUAUCAAACCAUAAACACUCUAUGGAGAACCCUUUGGUGUGUGUGUGUGUGUGUGUGUGUGUGUGUGUGUGUGUGUGUGUGUGUGUAAACUAUAUUG